UGGACAUCAAUGUAAGGAAUCAGCGGCGUAAUUGAAGCGAGGCAGAAGGAGUCGGAUUCCUGGGCAAGUGCGGAAGGGGUCGAUUCCUUCAGGCCGUUGCCGUUAUACCAUUGCUGGAACUCCGGCCAGGUAUGUAAACAUGGGAUCACGAUGCGAACAAGCUAGAGUAGGGAGCCAGCGAUCCUUUCUGAAUGACGCUACCGCUUCGCGCAAAACAUCAUUGGUUCAUCCGUUCUGGAUGUCCGCAUCCUCCGCCUCCGAUGGCAAUCUGCCCUGACCUGCCGAAAAAGGGCAUCCGGGGCCGGCCAUUGCCUACCUCGGGAUUAACCCGGAAGCAGAUAGCACAGAAGUGGAGGCCCCGGAUUCCUUAUCAACCCGCCCAUCCGGCCUAUCGCCGGUUCCGCCCGGCUCGCUGCAACAUCCCCAGCCCCCCCCCGACCAGUUUCGAGUGUUGCGUUGAACUCCAAACUAAACUAAGAAAACGCGAAAGACAAUCCAGUAACUUCAAAGCAUCCGCAAACCAUGGAAUACAAGCGCCAACCCCCGUCGCCCGCCAGAGUGCAGCCUCGCGUGAUCAUCCACGGCGGCGCGGGCAACCUCACGCCCGCGACGCUGACCCCGGACCGCUACCGCGCCUUCCGCGCCGCCCUCCUCACAAUCGUGCGUGUCUUUUGUAAACCUCCCGCAUCACAAAACCGUCUCCAUCUAACAUUUGCCCUAGAUAUCCCGCACCCACAGCUUCAUGACCACGCCGACCACCACUGUCACCAGCAGCACCACCACAACCGGCAGCGGCAAGAGGAGCACCCUCCCCACCGCGCUGGAAGUGGCAACCCACGCGGUCGUCCAGCUGGAGGACAACCCUCUCUUCAACGCCGGCCGCGGCGCCGUGUUCACGCGCGACGGCACCAACGAGCUGGAGGCGUCGGUGAUGGUGUCGCGCGGGCGGGCCAAGCGCGGCGUGGGCGUGUCCGGGCUGCGGCGCGUGCGCAACCCCGUGCUGCUGGCGCGCGCGGUGCUGGAGCACGGGGACCAGGAUUUGCGGCCGCGGUCGCGGUUCGCGCGGGCUGCAACCGCCGGGGGGCAAGCAGCUGGCGAGGGGGAAGAAGCAGGCGGGGAGGCGGGGGAGGCGGAGUUGGAUGUGCCCUCCGCGCAGGGGCACACGCACCUGCACGGCGCGUCGGCGGAGCAGCUGGCGGAGAAGUACGGGCUGGCGAUGGUCGAGCCGGCGUACUUCUUCACGCAGCGCCGGUGGGACGAGCACGUCCGCGGGCUGGAGAGGGAAAAGGAGGGCGGGGGGCUCGCCGCGUGGAGCGCGGACGAGUUCCUGCCCCAGGGGACGGUCGGGGCCGUGGCGGUGGACGAGGACGGCGUGGUGUGCUGCGCUACGAGCACCGGCGGGCUGACGAACAAGCUGUCGGGGCGGAUCGGCGAUACGCCGACCGUGGGCGCCGGGUUUUGGGCUGAAGAGUGGAUCGAGAGCGUCGACGUAGACGCGGGAUGGGGGAGGACGGGGCCCGCCGUGGUUCUCUCGGGCGUGCUGGGGCGCUGGCUGGCUGAUUGUGUGCCCACCCCCCGCAUGUACACCCCGCUGCCUGUGGGUCGACGAGGUGACCUUGUGACGACGCGGUCCCUUGCUAUUUCGGGCACGGGCAACGGCGACUCGUUCCUCCGAACGGCAGCUGCCAGAACCGUCGGCUCCAUCGCUCGCUAUGCUUCGAAAUCUUCCGCCGCGGCGCUGUCUAAGGUCACCGGACCCGGCGGCGAGCUGCAGCGAAGCGCUGGCGACCGCUGGGGCAGGACGGGCGAGGGCGAGGGCGGCAUGAUCGGGAUCGAGUGCGUCGUGGUGCGAGACGCCGAGGGCAACGUGGUCGAGGCCCGGUCCCAAAUCCUCCAGGAUUAUAAUUGCGGCGGCAUGUUUCGAGCGUGGGUCGAUGACAACGGCGUCGCGUUCGCUCGGGUAUUCCGGGAAGACCAAGAACUCCCUGAUUCGUAUGCCGGCGAGGGAACGCCGGAGGACCCUCGACGAUGGCGCGGCGAGAAGCUGGGUUAGAUGCUCAACAAGGAGAAUAGAGCGCCGAGAUCCUGCACCGCAAAAAUCCGCUUGACUUGCAAAUGAGAUAUUAUUUCCGUAGAUGUUUCUGGCAGGCUGGCCUUCCUCGCCUGCCUCCGUGGCAACGCGUAACCGACCGAUUCUAUGCUACAGGGAACGCCGCCACCAGAAUGCUGACCGUCAUGAAUGCAUACAAAAAAUACAUGUCCGAGCCUCGGGGGCUGGAAGAGAAGAGUUGGGUCUGUCGAGGUACCGUUUCGGAUCGUGCCGCUUCUAUGCGAGCAUCUUCUCGUUCGAUGGAGGUGGUUGCGGAACCUGAGGA